AUGAUUAAGAAAAAGACAGAUGCAAUAUCCGUUGCAGCAUCCAUCUGUACAACAUCUGCAUCGGAUAUGCCUCCAAGUCUUGCCAAUCAUUUGUAUGAAAAUGGCGCAUUUAUGGUUUUCCUCAAUGUACCUCAAACAACAGAAUUCGGUAUUGAUUACAAGUCAUGGCAUGUGGGGCCGAAAUUUCUUGGUUUAAAAAUGAUCCCUCCGGGCGUUCAUUUCAUUUUCUUCAGCGUCAAAACGGCACCACGUAUUGGUUUUUUCUACCAUUUCAAAGAAAAGGAAAUUUUGCUACGUAAAUGGGAUCCGAUACGUGAAGAUAUGAUAAUUGAGCCAUGUUCAGCAGAUGAGAUAGGGAGAAUACGUUCGAACUUGAAAUCAAUGGAUGAUGGUUUAGCACCAUAUCCUUUUGAAGCAUACCGAAGUUGGUUUUCCCUCAGCAAUCAUAUUACAGAAAAAACGGUCGAGAGAUUACGACCAGAGAAUCAAUAUAGUCGUAUAACAAGUCAAGCGGAAUUAGUUACUUUGGAGACCGAAAUGAUGGAAAAAGAGGGUGUACAUGGGCAUCCGUCAUCUUGUGUUGAUCGUGAUCAUCCAACGAGGAUACGAUUUGUGGAUAAAGAUGGUCUUCCUAUUAUGAGAAUUAGAGAGGGUUUUCAAAUACGUUUCACCGAACUUCCACUGCAUUCCGUGGCUAUUUCAAAUGCAGAGAAUUCGUUAGAUCGAAGUUGGCAGUUGCACAAAAUUCUUGUUGAUCUUAAUGGAGAGUGGUCCGAAUUUCUUGGAGAGUUACAAUUUGCAUUCGUGUGCUUCCUGAUGGGACAGGUUUAUGAAGGUUUUGAACAGUGGAAGCGACUAAUUCAUUUGUUGUGCUCCUGUACGAAGGGACUCAUAGAACAUAAAGAAAUGUAUAUGGCAUUAAUACCGGUACUUCAUUUCCAGUUAAAGGAAUGCCCUGAAGAAUUCUUUGUCGAUAUUGUUUCGCGAGAUAAUUUCCUAACAACUACACUUUCGCGACUGUUCGGAAACAUAAAUGACUGUGAAUCAGCGGACGCUGCAUUAAAGGACAGGGCAAGAAAAUUUAAAAAUCUCUUGACAAAACGAUUCAAAUGGAAUUUUGAUACGCAGGAUGAAUAG